AUGGCUUCGCCAAUAAACCUUACAACACAACCAAAUCCAAUUUACAAAGUAAAACUUACUUCAAGCGUUUUAUUACCGCCACAAAAACUCAAAAAGAUGACAAAUAACACUGUACGGACCUUUAACAACCUCAAAAUUACCUGUACCCAGCAUAUAAGCUACAACAUUGAUCCACCUUCCACUGGCAACGAGCUAAAAGAGGAAGAUGUGAAAAAAAUCGACGUGACUCUCUCUAACGGAAAACUCUGCAUCAAUAUAUCCUUAAUAGACGGCAAGAUGUAUAGCUUAAACACUAAGAAAGAAAACAUUAUAUUAAGACGACUUUGUCGGCCCGAAUUAUGGAAACAAUUUGGCUUCUCCCGUGUUAUUGCCGCCACCGACGAUGAUGGUCGCAAGUACAACCGAAGAUACUGGUUAUAUGCAUCCAGUGAAACGUCUUAUUCGCUUCCACUCGACCGCGAUUCACAACUAUUUGGGUAUUUGAUGGAACUUGUUAGCAAGAAAAUACAACGCAAAUCAUCCGAAAUUGCUGCCAUCGAUAUGGUGUUUCGAAUCGCUAUGCGUAAUUUGUUAAUUCCUCGGUAUCCUUUAAUAUUCUCACCGGAAUACGCAGCUAAUUUAGACGCUAUUUCCAAAUAUAUUCCAAUCAUAUCAACAUCAUUUACACGAAUAAUAUUCGGCAGCCCAACUCCAAAUUUUUGGUCAACAGCGAUGGGACUGGUCGAUCAAACUUCUCGCAACAUUAAUCUUUCAUCUUAUAUGGGUCAUGGGACACCCGAAAAGCUGUCCCAGGACAAAACAAAGAAUAUUAUUAGUCUUGGUCUACAUGCUGUUGCAAAAAAAAUCAAAAUUCCCGUAAUACCACUUGUAGAGCAAUCAUCAAGCGACGAGAAGUAUAAGAAAAAACGGACUAACAACAUUCGCAUAGAUUCUCGAUCUAUAAACAAGGGUUUAUCUUCCUUGGGCAAGAGAAUUCACUCGGAUAAUUCCAUAUCGGCGGAAGAAAGACAAAAGCCAAAAAUUUCCGAUACAAAUGCAGCAGCCAAUUUUGAGGGAGACUUGUUUGUCGAAAACUUUAUCUCGUCGGAUGAGUUGGAUCUAUUAACAGUGCUAGAUGCUAAAAGCGAAGACUUGGAUUUUAUAGGAGAAUUGUUCCAUCCAAGCAGUGCGUCGAAAGAAAUCUCUCCAAACUUGCUGCCUGCCGAGAGUGAGCUACAAAUGCUCAAAAAGCUUGAUGAAUUCGAUGACAGUUUACGAGACGACGUAUAUCACGUCCCAGACAUAGACGAUAUGGACGAGUUUGAAUACUUUGAUGACAGUGAAUGGGCUGAAGAUGAAUUGUCUGAAUGGGAAACAUUAUCUGAUAAUUCGCAAACUUUUUUUGCUUGCACAGAAACCACGCAGGAAACUGCAACCCAACAGCUGCAGACUGUUCGAGAGUCUGUUGACUCGUCGUGUUUUAAUUUUAUACAGAAAAGUCCUGGGAGCGACUUUGAAGAUAUCUUUGAGGAUGUUAUGCUUGAUGAAUGA